AACUUCAUCUUUUUCUUUGAAUCAUUAUUCAUCACAUCAUCAAAAAAAAGAUCCUUCGUGUUAAAAAAUGUCAUCUACAAGAGUGCCUUUGACUGAAAGGCCAAAAGACCUUGCCAUGUUUAUUUACUUUGUCACGCAUAUCCCUACUACUAUAUUAAUGGAUAUAGUCCCGCUGUACCCAAGCUUCAUGAAGCCCUAUGUCCAACCGUUGGUUCAGUUCACUGAGUAUUAUGUCGACACCUACAAGGACCCAUUUAUUGCAGAUAGAUCUCUCAUUUGGUUUAACACGUUUUUGCACAUGGAGGGACUUAUUCAAUUGCCUAUCUUUUUCUUUGCUGCUUGGGGCUUAUACCACAAUAAGAGAAGUAUUGCUCUGUGGAUCUGCGUUUAUGCUGCUCAUGUUAUCACGACGGUAUUGCCUUGCAUCGCUACCCUGAACUUUGGCACGGCUAAGGAUUUCCCAUUCCAUAUCACGGAUAAACAAAAACUGUUUUUGAUCAGUCUUUACACGCCAUGGUUCUUGUUCCCAGCCUGGAUGUUGUAUGAAUGCUUUCACCGUGUCCGAUCUAACGAAAGAAGUAUUGUCUCCUCCCAGGCCGACAAAAAACAACAAUGACGAUGAUCCAUGACGAGGACGAAAACAUUUGUUCUAGAUGCUAUUAGCUACGCGCAUGAAUUAAACGAGUAGAUAGUUGGCAUAUCUGUACGUGUGUGUAAUUUGAUUCUUUUUUGUGCCAAAGCGUGGGUGUUUUUUCUUUUUUGGUGUUUAUUGAUGCAGGGUGCUUGACUAGCUCAAAUAUCAAAUAAACAUCCCAGCUUGUUGGGGC